GUCGGGGUUACAAUUGUUACUUCGUCUGAUGACUUUGAUAGUAUUACAAACAUGGAUUCAGAUGCUAUAAGUAGUCAAGGUGUUCAGAUGGUUUUUGAGUGCAUCAACCUAAGCAACUAGUUACAACCACUACUACUACUACAAUCACCACCACCACCACCACCACAACCACUACUACUACUGUCAUCAUGUCUGGUACUAUCGUUGUAUUCGGCGCAACAGGCAAACAAGGCGGUUCCGUCGUUGAAAGCCUGCUACAGACUACAUUCCACGUCAAAGCCAUCACGCGCAAUCCGGCCUCGAAGAACGCACAAGCCUUGUCUUCGAAGGGUGUGGAAGUGGUUCAGGCCGACUUGAAUGAUAGCGAGUCACUCCGUACAGCUAUUCGCGGCGCGUAUGGGGUAUACGCCGUGACGAACUUCUGGGAGCAUCUGGAUGGCCAGAAGGAGAUCGAGCAGGGGAAGAGGAUUGCCGAUAUCUGCGUCGAAGAGGGUGUUCAGCAUUUGGUCUGGAGUAGUUUGUUGAACGUCACCAAGCUUACCAAUGGCGUUUUAUCCCACGUUUACCACUUUGAUAGUAAAGCCGAGGUGGAAGAGUAUAUCCGCACGCUCGAUAUAAAGGCCACCUUCUUCCUCCCGGGAUUCUACAUGUCGAACAUUGCGGGUAUGAAUCUUCGCCAGGCGCCCGACGGAAGUGGGACACGCAUCCUCGCCCUGCCCAUCUUGGAGACUGCGCCGAUCCCGCUGUUCGCGUCGGAGAACGAUACGGGCAAGUUCGUCAAGGCGAUCUUCCUUAAGAGAGAGGAGACGCUGGGGAAACGCAUCUACGGGGCUACCGCGUACACCACCCCGAUCGAGAUUGUGCAGGUCCUCAGGGAGGAGUCUUCUGGAGCUGGCCAAGACGUUGUCUACUCCCAACUGCCGCAUGAUGUGUUCAAGGGUGCUCUUGGGUCGCUGGGGAUGCCUGAGCCGGUCCAGGAGGAGCUGUUGCAGAAUAUGCGUCUCAUGGCUGAGUUUGGGUAUUAUGGUGGCGACUCGCUCGGGGCCAGCAUCGCCAUCGUCGAUGAGCCGUUGACUACUUGGAGGGAAUAUGUUAGAGCGUCUCCUGCUUUGAAGGCUUAGCCAGGUAGAUGCUCUGAAAGAGGUGGGAAUGUCUAGAUACUGAGUAGUUUAUUUAUAGAUUCGUCAAAGCUGAAUGCAAAGUCUU